AUGGGUAGGAUCACCCUUUUCGAGGACAGAAACUUCCAGGGCCGCUCCGUUGAGUGCAGCUGCAACCGGCCAGAUUUGCAAAGUCAGCUCAGCCGCUGUAAUUCCGUCCGCGUGGAAAGUGGCUGCUUCAUGCUCUAUGAACGUCCCAACUUCCAGGGACAGCAGUUCUUUGUGAAACGGGGGAAUUAUCCUGACAUGCAGUCUGAGGGUUUCAGCACCUCCAUUAAGUCCUGCCGGAUGAUCCCGCCUGUGAGUUCGAUUUUGCUUUUAAAAAAUGGCACACAGGGGCACCUACAGGAUAGAGGCAACAUGGUAGAGUUAACCGAGGACUCUCCGCAAAUCAUGGAUCAGUUAUGCUCCCCCGAGAUGCUGUCUUGUUCUGUGCUGGAGGGGCACUGGAUCCUUUACGAAUUGCCAAAUUACAGAGGCCGCCAAUACCUGCUGAGGCCAGGGGAGUACAAGAGAUUCAGCGAGUGGGGCGCUAUGAGUGGUAGAGUCGGCUCUUUGAGACGUGCCACUGAUCUCUACUGA